AUGGAUAUAGGAAACUGUUCCUUGAAUGAAUUCAUUUUUGUGGGAGUUACCAAUAACCCAGAGAUGAAAAGGACACUGUUUACCGUCUUUCUCCUCAUCUAUGUCAUCAAUUUUCUGGGGAAUCUUGGUAUGAUCAUUUUGAUCAUAGUAGAUCCCCAGCUGCACACACCCAUGUACUUUUUCCUGAGCCACCUAUCUUUCUGUGAUCUCUGCUAUUCCACAGCAAUUGGUCCCAAGAUGCUGGUAGAUAUGUUUGGCAAGAACAAGUCAAUUCCCUUCUGGGGCUGUGCUCUGCAGUUCUUCAUUUCCUGUACUUUUGCAGAUUCUGAGUGUGUGCUGAUGGCCUUUGAUAGAUACCAGGCCAUUAGCAACCCCUUGCUCUACACAGCAAACAUGCCCAGCAGGAAAUGUUCUAUGCUCAUGGCUGGAGUUUACCUGGUGGGAACAUCAGAUGCUUUGAUACAUUCAACUUUGGCAUUCCGCUUGUGUUUCUGUGGGUCUAAUGAGAUCAACCACUUCUUCUGUGAUCUACCUCCACUUUAUCUUCUCUCCUGCUCAGAUACUCAAGUAAAUGAGUUAGCAUUAUUUACUAUUUAUGGUUUCCUUGAACUGAGCACCAUCUCAGGAGUCCUUGUUUCUUACUGUUACAUCAUCUCAUCAGUCUUAAAAAUCCAUUCAACUGAAGGGAGGUUCAAAGCUUUCUCUACCUGUACCUCUCACUUGACCACGGUGGCUAUUUUUCAAGGAACUCUUCUCUUCACAUAUUUUCGACCAAGUUCUUAUUCCCUUGACCAAGACAAAAUGACAUCUCUAUUUUAUACCCUUGUGAUCCCUAUGCUGAACCCUCUGAUUUAUAGCUUAAGGAACAAGGAUGUGAAAGAGGCCUUGGAGAAAAUUAGAAGAAAAAGAUGGUUUUAA